UGGGCUUCCUGUGUCAGAUGAAAAUACACCCACAGACGCUGAAGAUGCAACACAAUCUGUUUUCCUGCAGCAGCUUACAUCAGAUACCAUCAUGUUGAUUAAAACAAACAUCAAUAACGAACAGAAAUAUGUCAAGAUCAGAGAACCAAGCUUUGAGGAAUUUUUGAAUGCUGCUUUUAUGAAGUUCUCCAUCCCACCUGUCACUGAAGGGAUCAGAGUAUAUGACGAGACGGGAACAGAGGUGGAUGCAGACGUCUUUGAAGAAAUAGCACAGCAGCCCAACGCUGGUGUAUUUACUAUCAGAUUUGACAUCGAUCCCCAAGGAACAAGUUUAUCUGGCUCUCCCCAGGGGAAAAAAUUGUCUGCCAGUCCACUGAUUAAUGUCGUAACCAAUGCAUCGCUGGACCUCUCAGGCUGCGGCCCCGAAGAUUCGGACAGCCUGGAAUUCGUAUCAUGCGGCUCUGAUGAUACAGUCGUCCUAGGUGAGGAUUUCAGCCCUUGCAGAAAAAGGCAGGAGGAUCAAGAUGCCAAACAGUUGGUUCAAUCUGCGUUGGCCAAGAAAACUGGUGGAUACUCCAUUGUCAAGGAAUACAACCGGACAAAAGGUCUGGCUGACUCCUCACUGCAACAGAGGGUUAACAUACUUGACGCAGACACUCAUGGUCAUUGCCUCUCUGAAACACACAAUCCUGCUUUGGCCUUAACAGAGGAGAAAGAAGCCGACUGGGUGGACAAGAACCGGUCUAAGCUCAUCCAAGAUGACAUUGAAGUGAUGGUAAUAGCGGAUGAGAUGCUUCAGCGGCACAUAAUGCAUAAAGAGAUGUACAACAACAUCAAGGCAGCCAGCACCAGCCAGGGGCAGAUGAGGCAGCUCUACAGGACCCUCACAUCUGUAAAAGCCAAAUCUGCUUUCUAUAGAAUCCUCCAGCGAAUUCAGCAAAACAUGUGCGAAACAGAUGAUGUGGUCAAAGAAGUGAUCAAAGAGCACAAAGAAUAUCUGAGGGGAAAGUUCACAUAUGAGUUUGAAGGCCCUGAACAAGAUCAUCAGGAUAAACAAUCAUUGGACAAAAUUUAUACAGAGCUUCACAUUGUACAAGGAGAGCGUGAACGGGUCAACUCAGAACAUGAGAUCUGGGACAUCGAAGACAAGGCAAGGUGUCAAACAGCCGAGGACAUUAAAAUCAACUGCAAUGACAUCUUUAAAAGUACAGCAGAAGAUAGCGUGUCAUCUGGGCAUGACAGAAGCAAAGUAAAGGCUAUCAGGACCGUGAUGACAAAGGGAAUUGCCGGCAUUGGAAAAACUGUCUCCGUGAAGAAGUUCAUCCUUGACUGGGCAGAUGGGACAGCCAAUCAGGACUUGGACUUCAUCUUUGUGCUACCAUUCAGGGAGCUGAAUCUGGUCAUAGAAGAUCAGUUUAGCCUUGAGACACUUGUGAGGUUCUUUCAUCCAAAACUUAAAGAAGUAGCAGUUGCGAGAAUACUUGAUAAUCACAACGUUUUAUUCAUUUUCGAUGGUCUCGAUGAAAGCCAGCUUAAACUAGAGUUUGAAAAAACCCAAAUAUUGAAGGAUGCCAUGAAGACAUCAUCAGUGGACACUCUGGUGACUAACCUCAUCAGGGAGGAUCUUCUUCCUUCAGCUCUUGUCUGGAUAACCUCAAGACCAGGACAUGUUCAGCGCAUCCCUCGCCGAUAUGUAUACAAGUGGACUGAGGUCAGAGGAUUUAACGACCCACAAAAAAAACAGUACUUCAGGAACAGAGUUGAGGACAAGGCAGUUGCCGAAAGAAUAAUUAACAGCAUCACGAUGUCCCGGAGCUUAUACAUCAUGUGUCACAUACCUAUAUUCUGUUGGAUUGCGGCAAAAGUUCUGGUGUAUUUGCUGCUGAAAAUGGACAGAACUCAGGAUGAAAACAUAACGAUACCCACAUCUCUUACUGAGAUGUACACACACUUCCUUUGCAUUCAAAUGCGGUUCGCUACCAAAAAGUACGACCGGUACGAGUCGGACAUAGAGGACAUCUGCAAGUCAAAUGAAGACUUCAUUUUUAGAUUAGGCAGAAUGGCAUUUGAACAUCUUAUUAAAGGCAAAAUCAUAUUUACUGGCGAUGAUCUGGAAAAGUACGGAAUGGACAUAAACAAAGCUGGAGUUCACUGCGGGUUGUGCACAGAGAUACUCAAAGAAGAGAACGUGUUCAACAUAAAGAAAUUCUACUGCUUUGUGCAUCUGACUGUUCAGGAGUACUUUGCUGCGCUCUUUGUGUACCGCAGCUUUGCAAGUAAAAAGAUAGAUUCCUCAAGCCUCAAGGAUUUCCUGCUCAUAGGGUCAGAGGAAGAGCUCAAGUCUAUCUUGGAAAAAGAACCAGUUGAUUUACCUUUGGCUGAACUGAUGGAAAUUUCAAUAGCUAAUUCAACACUGAGAAAGACAGGAGAACUGGACAUGUUCAUCAGGUUCCUUCUGGGCAUGUCCCUACGACCAACACAAGAACUGCUUCCAGGCUUGAUUCAGCAGGAAGAGGACCACUCUGCAGUUGUUGAGGAAAUUAGAACAAGCCUUCUAGAAAUAGAUUUAGCAGACUGCUCGCCUGAAAGAUGUCUGAACCUUGUUCACUGCCUGAUGGAGCUGAAAGACACUUCCCUACACCAAACUGUGCGCAAGUAUCUGGAACCAGAUCACAAUCCAGAAACGCAGCUCUCUCCUGUUCUGUGCUCCGCUCUGGCCGACUCCAUUCUGAUGUCAAACACGCCUCUAGAAGAAUUCAACCUGAAGAAACACAGACCAUCAGCAAAAGGUGCUUUGAGGCUUCUCCCAGCUAUGAGGAACAGCAGAAAAGCAAGAAUCUCUGGCGUGUGGCUCGGUGUUUGGGGUUGUGAAACAAUCUCCUCAGCUCUUCGAAUGCCAAACUCUGUGCUGACUGAACUGCACCUUAUGGAUGAUUUCUUUGAUGACAAAGGUGCAGAUAUCCUGAUUGAUGGACUGCUAAACUCUCAGUGUAAACUAGAAGCUCUGAGCCUCUCAGGUAAUGUAGGUUCACAACGAGUCUGCGAAAAUAUGGCAUCAGCAAUCAAAUCAUUCCUCUCAAAUCUAAGGGAACUGGAGCUUAGUGGCAAUGCACUUAGAGGUUCCUUAUGCUCUUUGCUUUCUGUUGGGCUUGUCAGCCCUAAACUGGAGAAGCUCAGACUGAACAGAACUGGUGGCAUUAAAAAUGUCUGUGAGGAGUUGGUGACGGCAUUCAAAUCCAACACAUGUUACCUGCGAGAGCUGGAACUGAGUUACACCAGUUUCGAAGACUCAGAAAUGGAGAUCCUCUCUACUGGGCUGAUGAGCACAAACUGUUCUCUGGAAGUGUUGAGUCUCAGUCACAACAGACUCACUGAGAAAGGCUGUGAGAUGUUGGCCUCAGCACUCAGCUCCAAAUCUUCCCACCUGACAGAGCUGGACCUGAGCUACAAUGACCUGCAGGACUCAGGAGUGAUGGCACUCUGUAAGGCACUGAUGAUCCCAAACUGUUUGAAAACGCUAAGGCUGUCAUUCUGUAAAGUGACAGAAGACGGAUGUGCCGCCCUGGCCUCGGUUCUGAGGUCCGACCACUGCAGCCUCAGGGAGCUGGACCUGAGCUUUAAUCACCUGGCAGAUAAAGGAGUCAAGCUGCUGACUGAAAUACAGAGGGAUUCACGCUGCAGUCUGGAGAAACUCAAUGUGGACCAAAAUGAAGAGUGCUGGUUUGACCUGAAGCUUCUGAGAAAGUAUGCCUGUGAUCUGACACUGGACCCUAACACAGCAGCCCUGGCUAUAGUUUUGACAGAGGAGAACAAAAGGGCAACUCAUGUUCAUCAGGAGCAGCCGUAUCCUGAGAAUCCAGAAAGAUUUCUUUGCACCUAUCAAGUUCUGUGUGAAGAGGGUCUGACCGGUCGCCAUUACUGGGAGGUUGAGUGUGUUUCAGCGGAUAUUGGAGUUGCAUACAAAAGUAUGGACAGGGUGAACGACAGUUCAAGUGAAUGUUCUUUGGGGGGAAAUGAAAAGUCCUGGUGCUGGUUUUAUGAUGGGAGUUUUUCUCAUGAUAAUUCCUGUCUCAUGUUCAUAGACUGUGGUACAAAUAUAAGUACCAUUGGAGUGUAUCUGGACUGGCCAGCGGGUGUUUUGUCCUUUUAUAAUGUCUUUCCUGAUACACUGACCCACCUGUACACUGUCCGUACGACUUUCACUGAACCACUCCAUCCUGGGUUCCGUAUUUCUGAAUCAAUAUUCCUGUGUAAAAUAGAGUAACCAAAACAUCUUUGCAAACAGUUUGUAUGUAAAACUAUAAGGAGCUGCUCCCUACAUGCAAAUACAGUGAUACAAUACCUGGAAUAAGUGAAUGUUAAAAUGAAUCUGUACAGUGAUCAACAGUGAAGCCUGAUUAACAUACAGUUUGGGUCUGAAGGUUUCAUACAACAAAAAAACUGUGACUUUGUAAAUGCUGUAACAAAUAAAGAUUUAAGU